GGGGGCUCGGCUCGGCGGGCAGUAACGGCUGCGCCGCGGCGCGGCGCGGGUGAGGGGCAGCGCCAACGGCCGUGCCGCAGCCGCCUCUCCCGCUUCCCCUCGGCCCGGGAGGAUGCGCCGUCUCUUCGCGGCCGCGGGAAGUAGACGGCGGAGACGAUGAAGGAGCCGCCCCGCCGGCUCCUGGCCCUGGGCUCCUGCCUGUUCCUCUGCGCCGUGCUGUGGCUUCCUAUUUGGCAUGUCUUUUGUAAAGAGAGUCUUUCAUCUGCGGUACAGUAUGCUCCAGGUGAUGCUUGUGCCCUGGCAAAUGAUGAUGAAAAUAUCCAAGAAAAGGGGGAAGUGGCUGGUCCUACUGGAAUGCAGCCUUCAGAACAUGCAGACUCAAGUAAACAGAGUUACUCCACAGAAGAGAUGCUUGAUGAUUGUACCAAAUCUGACCAGACUACAGAAAUGGAUGAAGCAAGCCGGCCUGAAGUUGAGAUUCCACCUUCAGUAGAUUUAAAUGAAGCUUCGCCUAGCAUAGCUGCAAGCACUGAAAACGUUUCCAGUUCAGCUACCUCAGAGAUAUCUCCAGUCUCGCAGUCUGAUGCAAUAGAAAAUUCCCGUGCUGAUAUCCCUGUAGUCAGCUCUAGUGAAGCUGAGCAGUCAGAACCUGACUGUGAUAUUGGUGGGACACUUGAGGCUGACCCUCAGAGUGAGCCUUCCUCUUUUGUCAGUCCAGCAGAAAGCCUCACAGGUCAACAGAUAGAGAACAUAUCAUCUUCACAUGGCAAGGGAAAGACGACAAAAUCUGAGUUUGAACCAAAAGUCUCAGCAGCUGAAAAGGGGGCAGAUGAACAAAAAUCCGCUUUGAAUGCUUCUGAGAACUUAAAAAGGGAGAAAGACUAUAAAAAACCAGGAGAAAUAGACCCUACGUCUGUGAUAACCCCAAAGGACCCAGGAGACAUUCCAACAUUUGAUGAAUGGAAAAAGAAGGUUAUGGAAGUAGAGAAGGAAAAGAGUCAGUCUAUGCACCCUUCUGCUAAUGGUGGACAGCAUUCCACAAAAAAGGUUCAGAAAAAUAGAAAUAACUAUGCCUCUGUAGAAUGUGGUGCCAAAAUUCUGGCAGCUAAUCCAGAGGCAAAGAGCACUUCAGCUAUUUUGAUGGAAAACAUGGACCUUUAUAUGCUAAAUCCAUGCAGUACUAAAAUCUGGUUUGUUAUUGAGCUCUGUGAACCAAUCCAAGUAAAGCAGCUUGACAUCGCAAAUCAUGAAUUGUUCUCCUCCACUCCUAAAGACUUUCUGGUGUCCAUCAGCGACAGGUAUCCAACAAACAAAUGGAUUAAACUAGGUACUUUCCAUGCCAGAGAUGAGAGAAAUGUCCAAAGCUUUCCUCUAGAUGAACAGAUGUAUGCAAAAUAUGUUAAGAUGUUCAUCAAGUACAUAAAGGUGGAGUUGAUAUCACAUUUUGGAUCAGAACAUUUUUGUCCUUUAAGUCUUAUAAGGGUAUUUGGUACAAGCAUGGUAGAAGAGUAUGAAGAAAUAGCUGAUUCUCAGUAUCAAUCAGAACGACAAGAACUCUUUGAUGAAGAUUAUGAUUAUCUGUUGGAUUACAAUACAGGGGAAGAAAAAUCUUCAAAAAAUCUCCUUGGUUCUGCUACAAAUGCCAUUCUAAGUAUGGUGAAUAUUGCUGCUAACAUUCUUGGAGCCAAAACUGAAGAGACUUCUGAAGCUCAAGCAGGGAACAAAAGUAUGUCUGAAAAUGUCACUGUCAACCCUGCAACUUCAACAUCUGCACCAAGACUACCUGAGCCAACUCCUGUUCCUUCACCAGAACUUGUUACUACAGAUAUUUCACAAAUAGAUAAAGAGCAAUUAACUGUCGAUUUGACGAAAGAAAGUCCUAUUGUUCAGCUAGUGCAGGAGUACGAAGAAGAUGCAAGCCAGUCAACAGUGACCUUGCUGCCCAGUGAUGAUCAAGAUGAAGAAGCAUCAGCAUGGUUUGAACUUGAGACGCAAAUAUAUUGCUAUGACAUGGCAACAAUAUGUUGCAUUUCUACCUUUUCAGAGUAUCUGUAUAAAUGGUGUUCAGUUAUAAUAGCUCUCCAUCGGCAACAUGGUAAAACUGAAGGUAAGCAAGAGCAAGAUGACUCUGCUGUUCAUCGGCCACAGGCUGUUCUGACAGAGUCUAUACGUGCUUCAGUAGAUGAGUCUCUGUCUAAGGAAUUGGACAGCAAAGUUACAGAAAUACCAUCUGGAUCUACUGUUGCAAGUGACUUUAGUAGUGUGGCUUAUGAGGAGAUGAAUAAUGAGACCACAGAGGCUAUUGAACUGGAACCAAGCCAUCCUCAAACUGUGUCUCAGUCACUCCUCUUAGAAGUUACUUCUGAAGUUAAGCCAUUGCCAAUAACAGAAGUAUCACUGGAACCUGCAAAAGAAGCAGGAAGCCAGGUAGCACCAACUGUGACUCCUCAGGUGGAUGUAACUGAGAUUAGUGCAGAAACAGAAAAAGCUGUGAGCUCUAUCAUUGCAGAAAAACCUUUGGCUUCUGAGACUAGUGUUGUCAGUGAAGUAAAAGACGUGAGCACAAGAGAGACUGUUGCUAUUCCAACGCUUUCAAAGCCUACAGAGACUGUUCUGCAGCCGGAAUAUACAGUGGGCAUGUUAGCCAGUGAUGCUGGGGAAGGAAAAGAAAGCACUCCAGAAGUGCAGAAACCUGUCUUGUCUACUGUUGAGUCCUCUGUAUCUGCUGAUAUAAAAGAUGAUGAUCAGGCAACUGAAGAUGCUUUCAUGGCAAUUCCAGUUUCUGGGGGACAACAGAGAACAGCUACAGAUUUCUAUGCUGAACUGCAGAAUUCAACAGAUCUAAGUUAUGCUAAUGGAAAUCUUGUGCAUGGGUCUAAUCAAAAGGAGUCUGUCUUUAUGCGACUUAACAAUCGCAUUAAAGCCCUGGAAGUAAAUAUGUCUCUCAGCAGCCGUUACUUGGAAGAACUUAGUCAGAGGUAUCGAAAGCAAAUGGAAGAAAUGCAGAAGGCUUUCAAUAAAACUAUAAUAAAACUUCAGAACACCUCAAGAAUAGCAGAAGAGCAGGAUCAGCGGCAAACAGACUCAAUCCAGCUGUUACAAGCUCAGCUGACCAACAUGACGCAGCUAGUUUCCAAUCUGUCAACGACUGUGGCGGAAUUAAAACGUGAGGUUUCUGAUAGACAAACCUACCUUGUGAUUUCUCUGGUUCUGUGUGUCAUCCUGGGCUUGGUGCUGUGUGUGCAACGCUGCAGAAGCACGUCUCAAUUCUGUGAAGACUACCUCUCUAAAAUUCCCAAAAGUAAUCAUUACCCUAGCCCCAAAAGAUGUUUUUCCUCCUAUGACGAUAUGAAUUUGAAAAGAAGAACUUCUCUUCCACUGGUCCGAUCACAGUCCUUUCAGCUGUCUGGUAAAGAAGCGGAUCCAGAGGACCUGUACAUUGUCGAACCUCUGAAGUUUUCCCCGGAGAAGAAGAAAAAGCGCUGUAAAUACAAAAGUGAAAAAAUAGAGACUAUCAAGCCAACAGCAGAGCCUCUGCAUCCAAUAGCCAAUGGGGAAAUUAAAGGAAGGAAGCCGUUUACGAACCAGAGGGACUUCUCUAAUAUCGGGGAAGUUUAUCACUCUUCGUAUAAGGGCCCUCCAUCUGAAGGAAGCUCAGAAACUUCGUCACAGUCUGAGGAGUCCUAUUUUUGUGGCAUUUCAGCUUGUACGAGUCUGUGCAAUGGGCAGACCCAAAAGACAAAAACUGAGAAGAGGGCUAUAAAACGAAGGCGGUCUAAAGUUUCAGACCAAGGGAAACUCAUAAAAACUCUAAUACAGACUAAGUCGGGGUCAAUGCCAAGCCUGCAUGACAUAAUCAAAGGAAACAAAGAUAUAACAGUGGGAACGCUUGGUGUCACGGCUGUUUCUGGACACAUCUAAAACUAGCUGAACUUCUCGAACAGGAGAGUGUUUGUUCAUUUGAGAACAGUCUGUGGUAUUCUGUGGGAGGCUAGUGGGAGACGAAGAGCUCAAGUAAUUGGAAAGUAUUCAGAAAUUUGGUUUCUGCCUUUUUAAAUAGAUGGGAUUGUGUCAAUCUUGGCUGUAAGCUGCAGCUUUACAAGGCUGAUAAUUUCCUAUGAGAACAGCUUGGGGGAGGGAGGGACAGGGUUCAUUUUAUAAAGGUUUUUUUCACAGUUCCUGGGGGCAGAGAUUUUUUUGAAACCCAGUUUGUUGGGUGGAAUAGGGAUAAAAGCCUAAUCCUCUUCCUUUAGCUUUGUUCCUAUUUCUUGCACCUUCCCAUAUUUAUGUGCCUUUUGUCUAUUUAUAAUGCCACUGGAAGAGGGGAGAUAAAAUUGUUUGUCAUUUUAUUUUGUAAUUUCUCUAGCUUUUUUGAAGAUGCAACACUACAGUGCUGUAAAGGGACAUGUGUUGACCUUCAGCUGGACUCAAUGUGGACUGGAUACUGUAAAAAUACUAAUAGAUGGACCUACUUGACUAGAUUCAGGUUUUGCAAUCUCAGUGGAGGAAGAAAACUCAGCUGGAAUUGUAAUUGCAAUUACAUUUAUUUUCACCUUCAGUUACAAACCAGAACUGUAGUCUGUACUAAACAAAUGACAGUUGAUCUGAUGCUUGUGAAUGUGCAUUUGUUACCUGGACUGACUGCUCUAGCUCUCUAAAAGAGGUAAAUUGGGGUUGUUCACUAUUUCUGUGCUCAGAGUUUGGAUAAAGGCUCAGCCUAAAAAUGUGAGUGUGAGUUGGUGCAGCUGGGUAGUGUUCCAUGCCAGCUCUGGAUGUGUAGAGUUUGCAAAGCCUUGAAGUCUAACCAGUCAGGUCCAUUUAAAGCGGAUAUUUCCAUAAUGUUUGCUUUUGUAUUGGCUAACAAAUGUGCAGUGUUUGUAUGGUUGGUAUUUUCAUAUGAGUUUUUUUAUUUUGAUUGUAAUUGUAUAUUUGGAUACUGUAGAAUGAAUGGUAAAAUGUUGAAUGUGUAUCAGAGUGAGUGGAACACGAGGUUAUUUCUUUUGAGAGGUUUUACAGGUUCAUGUUGUAAAAGAUAAGUUAACUUAUUGAGCACUUUUAGUGGUACCCUUUUUAACAGAUCUAAUGCCUUUCUUGGGUAUUGUAUGUAAUGUGACUUAUUUAAAGCCUUUUUCUUUUUUUGCUGCUUUCUUGUUAGUUUAUGAAUACCUUAAGGUGAUGUACUUUUGGAGUUGAUCUGCACAAUUAGCCAGUCAGAGCACAUGAAUCAGAUUUCUUGAACCUGAAAUCGAAAGGGCUUCAAACCCAAAUGAGGAAGAGACUUACCACCUGAGUGCAGCACACCAUGUUGUGGAACAAGAGUAUGUAACUACAGAGCUGUAGUGCUAUUAGAAACUGUGAAUUUCCAAAUAAAUCUGAACACUUUGUCUUUAA